AUGACGUCAGGGAAGGUAUUAGCUGAGCAAUUUAGAAAUCAAGGAAUACGUUAUGAGGAUACGUCUGGAAUUCUUUGGUGUUCAUUGUGUACGAAUGCCAAAGGGCUAGAUAUAAUUGAAGUGAUCUCAAAAGACUGUAUCUUGGAACACUGCGCUUUAAAACGUCAUAUGCUUUUAAUGGAAAAAGUGUUAGCUAUUGCCCAGUACUGCCCUGUUGAAAUUCAUGGGCGUUACAUGCUUCUCGAUCAUCACUGUGUAUAUCCUACGGUUAUGUUUGGUAAAGGAAGGCUUCUAUUAGACGAGACGUUGGGUUGUUUAAUUCCUGAAGACGUAUGCGGUGGAGUGAAGUUAGUUCCCCGUCAUAAAUAUACAGUGGUGGAGCUAGUUAUUCCUCCUAGUAAUGCGCGUUUACCUUGUGAGCCGGAUUAUGUUUUAGAACGAAUGACUCGUAGUCGAAAAUGUAGGUUGGGACUGGAGGUUUGUAUUGCACAGUACAAUAACUCUGUGGAGGGUGAAACAGCAACAAUGAAGCGUCGGAGACUUGUGUUUGGGCAAGUAAAUAUGCGAAACAGCUAA